AUUUUCCCCAUCCUCGAUCCCGUAACCCCAAACCCUCCCUCCUUCAACCAAAGCCACUCUUUGACCUCUCCGGACGAAAGCACCAUGGCGGAGUAUUGGAAGUCCACACCAAAAUACUGGUGCAAGUUCUGCUCCAUCUACGUCCGCGACACGAAGUUCGACCGCAACCAGCACGAUGCGACGGGCCGGCACCAGGGCAACAUCCAGCGGUCGCUGAGGGGCCUGCACCGCGACCAGGAGGCCGAGAAGCGGAAGCAGCAGCGCGCGAAGGACGAGGUCGCGAGGCUGAAUGGGAUCGUGGCUGGUGGUGGGUCUGGCGGUGCGAGCUCUUCGAAGGAAGGGGCUGCGAGUUCAAGUGCGAGUGCGAGUGCGCCGGGCAACGACACAAGGGUCGGAGCGAAACCGACGUUCUCGAGGGACGCGAAGCAAGCUACGAUGGAGGAUAGGAAGAAGCAGAUUAGCCAGCUUGCGGCGAUGGGGGUAGCGGUGCCGGAGAGCAUGCGCGGGGAGUUGGCGCUCGCGGGGGAGUGGCAGGUCGUGAGUGAGAAGGUGAUAGGGGAGGAGGAGAAGCCUCUGAACAAGGGGGUGCACAAGAGGAAGCUGGAUGAGGCGGAGCUCGAGGCGCAGGCCGCGGGGGAGUUGAUCACGAAGCAGAAGGGGUGGGGGAAGACGUUCAAGAGUUUCCCAGGCAAGCAUGGGAGUGCGGACGAUGAUAUCGACGCGCUGUUUGGGAAAGGCAAGAAGCCGGCUGUCAAGGAAGAUCCCGAUGUCAAGAGCGAACAGGACGUAUCUGGUGCGCCAGCGAUAGAUUCUGAAUCAGGAGUCAAGCAAGAGGAUGGCGAAGCGGGCGACCUGAAGCAAGAGGGAGGGGAGGGGAGCUCGUUGGCGAAUAUACCCACACAGGAGGAGGCAGAGGCAUCGGCUGCUGCUGUGAAAAAGGAAGAAGACGCUCCAGCUCCGGCCGUGUUCUUUAAGAAGAGAAAGAAGAUUGCGCGAUGAAUCGUCUAGGGAUGUAGCAUCGAGAGCGCUCGAGAAAGAUUUUAUUCGACGAACACGCAGGAUGCAAUAUCCAUACAACUUGCUCCAAGGAAUCGAUGGCUCUAUUGCUGAGAACACCAUACAUCUCAUCGACACCGCGACGUGGAGGACGUGUAUUAUAGCCGAAAAGGUGCUGGUUAUGCGGGCUAUAUCCAGACGAUUAGCCUCCGCCCGGAGAUGCUGCGCAACAUAGCUGCGAUCACCAACCAUAAGGUUGUCGAAGGACCUGGUGCAGUAUGAGGACACACAUAGAGAUCAGAUCAACUGUAUAACCACAAUAAUUAUUAGAUUUUCA